GCCCUCUGGAAGGAUUCAGAUAGACGAAGGUGGAUUUCUGACAGGAAGUAUUGGUUCUUCCUCGACAAUGGCACCGCUCAUCUGGACUACCCUGUAUGCUCGGAAUUUUCGGAGUGGACGCCCCUCGCUCGGACGGAGGUACCAGAACGAUGGCUUGCAAUAGACAAACACGACAGGCCUAUAAUGAACCCGCCUCACGAGGCCUCGUUCAGCGACAUCAGCCUUGCUCUUCAAUGCGCCGAUGGAUAUUGUGCAAUAUCUGGACUGAAUGAAGAGCUCCGAGGCGCGCACUUGGUUCCUGAACCUUACGCGUCGUGGUACAACUACCACCGUAUCUUCGAAUACUUCUCGGAAGGUGAGAACGACCUCAACAUUGGCCUAGGACCCGAUGCCCGCCCUAUCGAUGAUAUUCGGCAAAUCCUCACCUUGAAAUCCGGCUUGAAGGAAUGUAUGGAUCGACCCUCCCAUGUACUUGCACCGUUUGGCGACAAAUACGUAUCCUUCUUCUUCACGCCGUGGCACAUCGGAUUAGCUGAGAGCUACCACAUGCGCACUACUAGGCUCCCUGCUCGUAUUCAGGGAUAUCCAUUGUUCGUCCGAUUCACUUGGGCAAUGAUACAGAUGGUGCGGUUGUUUCUAUCGCGCGAGACUCUUGCAAAGAAGAGGGGAGGGAGAGAUUACGCAACCUCGGAUGGUUCUGAGAAGUCAACAACAACAAGUAAAUCGCGCGAAGUUGGACGUGAGCAUGCUAGUGGUUCUACUGGAGAUGGCUGGACGGAGAGAUACUGAGAGUUUUGAUGCCUGCUCCGACAUUAGUGGUCGCUUUGAUGCAAGUCUUGACGAUGUAAGUUUCACAAGCGACGCUAACAUUUCUAACACCCACGAUGAUUACGAACGUUCAGAGCUAGGCUCUGCUUCUUGACAACUGUUCAAAUCCAAUGUUGUACGGACGCGGAAGGUGGAAGAACAUUUUCGUUGUUUAUCUACGGUGCCUUGGAAU